CCCGCACCACGACCACGACUGCCGCUUCCGCCUUGCAGGGCAUGAGCACGUCCCCGAGUCAGUUCAGACCCUCAUCGUUCCUGCUUAGCUGCUUCACAUUCCACUCGCUCCCCAUCGAAGCAACAGGACCAUCGGCGCGGCGGCAAGCCACUGCCAGAUCAAGUUGCUCUGCCUCUGCCCUGCCUCAUGGUUUGAACAGCUCGCUCAGCUCGACUCAGCAUUGCUUGCUGCGCACGCUAGCUACCGAAAGACCCUUGCUAGCCAGCCUAGAUUUACACAUAUAGAAUGCAGGCAGGGUUGCCUCUGCAUCACAUACCACGUUUGUAGCCUAUACGGCCUGCAGUAGGAGCUCGCCAUGUCUUCGCUCCUCCCUUUCCACUUUGGGCAUCGGUCAGCAUACUUUGCCGUCGAGGUCACCUUACACGAGCUUCAAGAUGUUCCACUAAUAUCAGGGCGCUUUCAGGCCAAGUGGAGAGUCAGGAAUCCUCAUCAGUACUCUGCUCAUCUCUCUUACACUAGCGGAGGCGGCGCGGGUAGUGGGACCUCUACACCAGCCGGCUCACAACUCGCCAGAAUCUUUCACAAGGACAUCCAGGAGGCUGGAAAGCAGACUGACCAGCACGGAGAUGACCACUCUGUCCAUUCACGGCAGGACGACGCUUCCUCGGGCAUCUACAAUGAUGAAGAGGCCCACGGGGCACAUCAGUCCUCCUCGAAUUUCCUCUCAGGCAUAUUCCAUCGUCGCCAGCGUAAAGAACAACAGCACCCUGACAGCCCCCAUCACUCUACGGGAGCUCCCGGGCGAAGCUCCUUUGACACCGAGCAAAGCGGCUCACCACGGAAGGAUACCUCGACGGGGCGGUCUAGAGAAAUUCAGCACGGCAACAACCAACAUCUCAGUGACGCAGCCAGUGGUAGUAUGAUACCAAGUAACUUUCAUGCUGAGCCCAGGGGCGCAAGUGAAUGGGAGGAAGUUGAUGAGCACUCUGUCAAGUGGGGACGAAGCUUUCAUUCCGGCAUUCGAGUAGCCAUAGACAAGACCAAGGCUGGGGCUCAACAACCGCAAGGCUCCAGUGCGGACUCAGGAUACGACAGCAAGGGUCUGCGUAGCCGGUCUUCUCAUCGUGAUCUGCGUUCGCAAGAGGAUAAGGAGGAGCCGGCUCUGUGGGGACUGCUGGGCAACUCCGAGCUCAAGGUGACCAUACGACAGGAUGUUCAAACAGAUUCGCAUAGCUCCAGCGAUGCAGCGCCGUUGGGUGUAGUCGUCCUCAAUCUUGCAGAGUAUGCUCCCUGCCCACAAACGGCAGCACACACGCACCUGCCCCAUCAGCAUCACAGCCACGAUCACCAUCAUUCUCAUCAUCACCAUCAGCAUCAUCAUCAUCACCAUCAGCACAACCACCAGCAUAGCCAGCACUCUACCAGCACUCUGCCACCCCCUCUUCCACAAUUGCGACGACAGGAGACGCGGCGGUAUCUUCUGCAAGAAAGCAAGACAAAUGCCAGUCUAAAAAUCAGCAUCAAGAUCACGCACAUAGGGGGAUCGCGCGAGUACACUGUCCCGCCCAUCAGACGUGGACUGGUGAUGGGGGGACUGAGGUCGGAAUCAGAGCAGCUCCUUAAGCACUCUCGAGGCAAUGACUCCGAGAGUGAGCAGAGUGGCUCGCACAAUGAGUCCAAGACACUCCAGCGGGAGCCCUCUUCGGCCUCAAUACGCCAUUUCUCUGAUAGAAGAAGUCAAAAGGAGAGCUCAACCCUCGAUAAGCUUGCUGCUGGUAGCAAGUCGACACGCAUCCCGUCCAAGAACCUGAAGAAUGGUGGGUCAAAGAAGGAAAGGUAUGUUUCUCAUCAUUCUUCUAGUACCGCACCAGUCUCUUCCUGGAAUGCACUGUCUGUCUCUGGCAAGGGCAGGAAGCGUGCUCAACUACAGAGCUUGGCUUUUGCAUUUUCUGGAUCGGGCAAUUGGGAAAGAGAUCCCUCCGAGGUGAUCGACGCAAUCUUUGCAGCGCACACGACAGCAGAUGGCAAGUCCGCAGGUGAGCCAAGGAAGCCCAAAAGCAAACCGACGGGUCUCUCUGCGGAGCCUAUGCAUAGGUCCUCGUCUCAGUACAGCCAUCGCAGCACGUCCACCCAUGGCAAUGACAAGGCAUCUCUUGCAUCGCGGCGGCAGAGCGGCGGCAGUAUCAUCAGGCCUCUUGUGACCAAGAGUCUGAGCUCGUCUCCUAGCACCUCGCUUGCCCAGCUCUCGCCCAUCAAGAGGCUGAGGCCGAGCACCACGAGCUCAGUCGCUUCUUCCAGUGCCGCCCCUCCCAGUCCUUCUCUUCGGCCGGACGCAAAGGAAGAGUCCGGCACUGCUACUCCAGAGCGCUCGCAGCAGCGAAUCAAGUGGGAUACCCGUCAAACCGAUGCAAGUCCAGCACCAGACGGAAGCUCUAGCGCGAUGGCGAAUGCAUCAGACUCACCCGGACCACAUCGCAGAGCAAGCGACGACGCAUUGGCCAGCCGAGGGGAUGGGGAUCGCAAUCGGCCCACGUCUGCCUCUGCCCAGUCUUCUCCGCUACAGCGUCGUUCAGCGCUAUCCAAGGACUCGAGUGAUGGCUCCUUUUCUGGCUCCACGCCGGAUGCCUUGUCUCCGUCCGCGUCGACUAUCAUGCAGGAUGAGGCUACACCGAUGCCGUCCAGGGUGACCAGUGUGGCACUAGCCAAAUACAGGCAGGGUCUGCAAGCAGGCAAAGGAGAUCAAGAAACAGAUGACGGAGGAAGCGAGGCGGGUGAGACGGUUGUUGGGCAAGACUCGAGACCAGGGCGAAUCAAGAAGAAGAAGAGCAAAGGCUUGAUUGGUAUCAGACCUAGUGAUGCAGAGAAGAUGGGGUUCAAGGGAGCGGGAUGGAAGAGUAGCGGCCUCAGAGUCGGGUUUGCGCUCGGAGACAACGACGACGUUAGCAGAGGUCGCUGGGCAAAGAGCUCUGCGCCUGCUAUCCCUGAAAGGGACGAGUCCCCCAAAGGCACCAAAGACGAGGAGAGCGCUCAGGAGAAGCAAGAGCGGAGAUCGCCGCCUUCGCCACGAGGAGGGGGGCGGAUGGAUGAUGCACGAGAGGCAGGAGAGGAAGAAGAGCCAGACUCGCCAGUCCUGGCUCUGAGGUCUUCUCUUUCACCCUACGUCGAAGCACGGCUGGGUCGUCCGCGUUCCAAGGUGGGUCUGCGGUCUACUUCAGUGGGCUCUACGCCCAAAGGCUUCGCCCGAUCUUCCAUGGAAACCGUCUCCGCCUUCUCUACCUCUGCUACUGGUGGCCCAGGACCACACGUCCUGCAGGGUCAGAAUCCCUUGCCGUCGCGCAUCAGCAAUUCGGACAAGGACAAUGACGUGCCGGCUCUCAUCCCUGGAGCGGCGCCAACCAAAUUUGCGCCCGAGACCGGCGAUGCAGGAGAGAAUGACGGUGUGGGUUACGACAGUAGGAGGAGCAGCGCUGCAACCGGCAGUGGGGCAAGUGGCAGAGCGAGCUCGUCGGAGCAACACGAUGGACAAGCAGAGAAGAGCGAGACGGGUCCUGCCACCGCCUUGGCCCCCGUGCCCGUCUGGGCCGAUGCACAGACGGAGCUCGAGGCCCAAUUCGACAAGCGCGGCGUCUACGCUCUCCUCUCGCCUCCACCGUUGCCCCGAGCCAAAUCCUAUUUCAGCAAGGAGAACGCUACUGCUGCCAAUGCAUCGGCUGCUGGGUCAUCUGCUGCGGAGAGCAAAUCUCCAACUUCUUCCCUUCACUCGGGCGUUGCAAUCGGAAGAGGUCGAGAGCGCGCCCUCUCGAUUACUUCUGGGGCCUCAACGGCACGCAGUACCCUCCUCGAUAGGCCGGAUGGUGUUCCUGCACCCGCUGCCUUUGUCAUUCGGCAGAUGGAGGAGGAGCAGGAAAAGUUUCGAUUAGAGCAACAGAAGCGGCGGGAAGAGGGUGGUUUGCAGAGCAAGAAGAAGGAGAAGGAGAAGGAGAAGAAGGAAAAGAAGGGAUGGAUGAUGAGGGGCUGAAGCGGUGGCUCGUGGAAAGAGUUCUGAUAUCAAUCCGUCAUGUAUUAUUUGCUCGUAGCCUGGUCAAUAGAGCAUUCUUUUGCCCAUU